AUGGGUGCGUACAAGUAUAUGGAAGAGCUUCAAAGAAAGAAGCAAUCCGAUGUUAUGAGAUUCUUAUUAAGAGUCAGAUGUUGGGAAUACAGACAAAAGAAUGUUAUUCACAGAGCUUCCAAGCCAUCUAGACCAGAGAAGGCUAGAAAGUUGGGUUACAAGGCUAAGCAAGGUUUUGUCAUUUACAGAGUCAGAGUCAGAAGAGGUAACAGAAAGAGACCUGUUCCAAAGGGUGCUACUUACGGUAAGCCAACCAACCAAGGUGUCAACCAUUUGAAGUACCAAAAGUCUCUUAGAGUCACUGCUGAAGAAAGAGUCGGUAGAAGAGCAUCCAACUUGAGAGUCUUGAACUCCUACUGGAUCAAUGAAGACUCCACCUACAAGUACUACGAAGUCAUUCUUGUUGACCCAUCCCACAAUGCCAUCAGAAACGAUGCUGCUUACAACUGGAUCUGUAACCCAGUCCACAAGCACAGAGAAAACAGAGGCUUGACUGCUGCAGGUAGACAAUCCAGAGGUAUUAACAAGGGUCACUUGUACAACAAGACUUCCAAGGGUAGAAGACACACCUGGAAGAAGCACAACACCCUCUCCCUAUGGAGAUACAGAAAAUAG